AUGGACCGCCACAAAACAACCGUCUCCAAACUCGCCUCCACAAUCCGCGCCCUCUACUCCUCCCGCACCCCCUACCGCAUCUCCCACGGCAGCACCAACUCCACCCGCCCCCGCCCCUCCGCCUCCACCACCACCACAAUCGACAUCUCCCCCCUGCGGCACGUCCUAUCCGUCGACACCGCCCGCCGCGUCGCCCUAGUCGAGCCCAAUGUCUCCAUGGACCGCCUCGUCGAGGCUACCCUGCCGCAUGGGCUUGUUCCGCCGGUGGUGAUGGAGUUUCCGGGGAUUACGGCGGGGGGCGGGUUUGCGGGGACGGCGGGGGAGAGCUCGAGUUUUAGGUAUGGGUUUUUUGAGGAGACGGUUAGGAGGGUGGAGAUGGUGCUGGCGGAUGGGGAGGUGGUGGAGGUUGAGCGGCCCCGGGAGGGGGGAGAACAGCAAGAAGGGGGGUUGGACGGUCGCGGAGAUUUGUUUCGUGGUGCGGCGGGGGCUGUGGGCACGUUGGGGAUGACGACGUUGUUGGAGGUGGAACUGAUGGAAGCGCGGAAGUUUGUGAGGACGCGGUAUCGGAGGACGAGUAGUGUGGCGGAAGCGGUGGAGGCGGUGCGGGAGGAGAUGCGGAAGGGGGAGAAUGAUUAUGUCGAUGGGAUUUUGUUUUCCAAGGACCAUGGUGUUGUUGUUACGGGUCAGUUGACCGACACCCUGCCCUCGCCGGACCAGAAGAUCCAGACCUUCAGCGGGCCGUGGGAUCCUUGGUUCUAUCUCCACGCGCAGGACAAGACGGCACCUGAAAAGGGUGAAUCCGGCGCGAACCCCGUCGAUUAUGUCCCGCUGGCCGAGUACCUAUUCCGGUAUGACCGCGGCGGGUUCUGGGUCGGCCGGGCAGCGUUUGAUUACUUCCGCUUCGUCCCCUUCACCCGCUUCUUCCGCUGGUUCCUCGACGACUUUCUGCACACGCGCAUGAUGUAUCGCGCGCUUCACGGGUCGGGCGAGAGUGCCCGGUUUGUGGUCCAGGACAUCGCCAUGCCGUUUGAGACCACCGAGCGCUUCGUCGAGUACACCUCGUCUGAGCUGGAUAUCUGGCCGCUGUGGCUGUGUCCUCUCAAGCGCCGCGGUCCGCCGACUUUCCACCCGUUUACCACCCUCCCGGAGUCUGUCAAGCAGACCGAAGGCGGGCAGAAGGAACCCGAUAUGAUGCUUAACGUCGGCGUCUGGGGUUGGGGUCCCUCGGAUCCGGCCGCCUUUGUCCGCAAGAACCGGGAGCUCGAAGACAAGGUCCGCGAACUGGGCGGCAUGAAGUGGCUCUACGCGCAUACCUACUACCCGCAGGACGAGUUCUGGGCCAUGUACGGUGGGCGCGGGUGGUAUGAUGCCCUGCGGAAAAAGUACCGCGCCGAGACGUUGCCGAGCGUGUGGGAUAAGGUGCAUGUUGAUCCGGAGAGUGCGGGGGCGAAGCAGCGGCAUUGGUUGAAGAGGCAGGCACCGCUGGGGGGGUUCUAUGGGAUCUGGAAGAGUAUUCAGAGCAAGGAUUAUUUACUGCAUCGACGUGCGAAGUGGAAGUGGAAGGAGUAG